AUGCCGUUGCAAUAUGUUAUUAGAGACAAAAAGAGCGGAUUUGAACAAUUAAAAGCUGAAGAAGUCGAACAAAUUGAAGCUCUUAAGCCUAACGAAGUUCGAGUAAAACUAAAGGCUGCUUCGCUCAACUAUAGGGAUCUGACUAUAGCCAAGGGUGAAUAUCCCCAAGCUUAUAACAUACCAGUGGUUCCUGGGUCUGAUGGAGUAGGCAUUAUUGAAAAGGUUGGCGAUGACGUUGAAGGAUUUAAGCCUGGGGAUACCGUAAUCGGCAAUUUUUUUACUGAUUAUAUUGACGGAGGACCGACUAAACAUGGUUUGUAUGGAGCAUUAGGUGGCACUCAUGAUGGUACGUUCCGUCAAGUUGGUGUCUUCCCUGCUCGUAUAUUGGUUCAUGCCCCUAAGAAUUUAAGCUAUGAAGAGGCAUCCACUUUACCUUGUGCCGCCGUGACCGCAUGGAACGCUUUGUUUGGAUCCAAGGAGCAUCAGUUGAAGCCUGGUCAAAAUGUCUUGAUCCAAGGCACUGGUGGUGUUUCCAUUUUUGCACUCCAGUUCGCUGUCGCAGCUGGUGCUCGUGCCACCGUCAUUUCUUCUUCAGAUGAAAAGCUACAAAUUGCCAAGAAGUUGGGCGCUAGAUAUUUGGUCAAUUAUAAAAAGAACCCUGAUUGGGCCAAGCCCACUUUGGAAGCCACCAACGGUGUUGGUUAUCAUCACGUCGUUGAAGUUGGCGGUGAAAAGACCAUGGGUCAAUCUUUAGAGGCUGCAAUUGUUGGUGGAGUCAUCAGCUCUAUAGGAUUCGUAGCUAAACAAGGUGGUAGUUCUGAUCUUACCUCUGUAAUUGUGCAAUUACUCAACAAAAAUAUCCAUAUUCGCGGUAUUUAUGUCGGUCCUGUAAAUAUGUUCGCAGAUAUGAUUGCUUGCAUUGAGGAGAAUGACAUUCAUCCAGUCGUUGAUAAGGUAUUCCCCUUUGACCAACUUAAGGAAGCCUACAACUACCAACAGAGUCAGCAACACGUUGGUAAAGUUGUCCUAAAUAUCUACUAA